GCCCAUGUUCAACAAACGGGAAAACAAAGUUUACAUGUCCUCCUCUUCAACUAGGGCAUCGUCUUUGACUAGGUCAGUUUUACAUAGAGAAGAGGGGAAGAAAAUAGAUGAAAAUGGGCAAGGCAAAUGGAGCUUCAAAGGGGAUAAUGAAGUAGACAAUCUUCUCAUUCUUCCUAAGUGUUAUUUUAUUACGAUUGUCGAGGGACGCAAUGAAUUAGCCGAGCUUACAGAGAUGUUCAAAAAAGAUAUGGCUAUAGUUGAUGGGAGAAGAAAUGACACAAAAGAUAUGAAAUUGAAGAUCGAAUUAUGA